UUGCGUCCGCCCGUUGCUUUUAACAUUGUGAUUAGUUCAACGUAGACAAUACAACCGACAAUGAACUUUUUGAUAUUCACAAAUUGCGUUCUUUUUGCGCUUAUAACAAUCCCCACGAUAGUUUACUCUGAUGAAGAUGAUUAUGAUCCUUGUAAAGCAGCUGCCUUUGUGAAUGGCGACAUAGCCAUAACAAAGUAUCAACUAUCGAGAGUAAAACGAACUAAACGAGCAGCUACAGCUUUGAGAAGCCGUCUUUGGGAACACGGAAUCAUACCGUACGAGAUCGACUCCGUUUUUUCUGCUUCUGGAAAAUCAUUAAUUGUUGAAGCUAUGCGACAUUGGGAAAAUCACUCUUGUCUCACGUUUGUUGAACACUCUGAUCAAAGUGAUUACAUAUUCUUUCAGAAGGGUCAUUGUGGUUGCUGUUCGUUCGUCGGCAGAAAAGGAAACGGUAAACAAGGAAUUUCAAUUGGCGAUGAUUGCGAAACAUUUGGCAUCAUUGUACAUGAAAUUGGUCACGCACUUGGAUUUUGGCAUGAGCACACACGCCCAGAUCGCAAUCGAUAUGUCAAGAUAAUUGCUGAAAAUAUUGAAAGAGGAAGGGAAAAUAAUUUUGCUCUGCUUAACUAUGAUGAAGUAAAUUCAUUGGGAGAAGAAUAUGACUUUGCAAGUAUCAUGCAUUACGCUCCCAACUUGUUUUCAAGAACAUUUACAUCAAAUGUCAUUGUUCCUAAAGUAAAUAUCUCCAGAAGUCUUUUGUCGUCUAUUGGUCAACGCAAGCAAUUGAGCAAAGGAGAUAUAGUUCAGAUCAACAAGUUAUAUCAAUGUUUAGAAUGUGGAGGAACAUUACAAAAUCCUUCGGGUACAAUUUCCAAUCCAUCUUUUCCUUCUUUUGAUCGAAAAUCUCGCUUGUGUGAAUGGCGGUUGUUCACUACUCCAGGAGAAAUUAUAGUUUUGAACAUGGACGUGUUCAAACAGAGAAACAGAAGUUGCGAGGAAAAUUAUGUUGAAAUUAGAGAUGGUCGACCUAAAGGUAAAUUAAUUGGGCGAUAUUGUCGUGGUAACCCACCUCCGAAAACGUUGGCAUCAUAUAGCAAUCGACUACUGUUGAAAACAAAAAUGAGUAGAGGGUCAAGACAAAAAUUUCAAUUUCGUUAUAAAGCUACUUGUGGUGGAAUAAUAAAGCUAGACAGAGGAGAGAUUCAGUCUCCUAAUUCACCUUCUGGAAACCGAUUCAACAAGUUGUGCGUAUGGAGAAUUAUUGUAAAAGAAGGAACAAAAGUUGGAAUAAAAUUCAGUAGUUUUGAUGUUGAAGACGCUCCAAACUGUAUGUAUGAUGCCGUAUCAAUAUAUAAUGGAUUAAAUGAGUCUAACAUGGUUACUCGACUUUGUGGUAAAACAAUUCAAGAUUUGGCCACAGAUACUAACGAAGCUCUUAUUAAGUUUGAAACCGAUAAUUCUGUGGAAAGUGAGGGAUUCAUUCUGAAAUUUGUCAGCGAGGUUGACGAAUGUAAAUCCAAUAAAAGUGGAUGUGAACAUUUAUGUGAAAACACGAUAGGAAGCUAUAAAUGUAAAUGUCAUAUUGGUUAUGAGCUGCAUUCGAAUGGAAAAAAUUGUGAAGUGGCAUGUGGUGAAUUAAAAGAUAGAAAUGGUACAAUCACUAGUCCAAGUUACCCAGAUCGUUAUCCUUCCAAUAAAAAAUGUAGUUGGUCCAUUAAAGCACCUCCUUUACAUAAAAUCCAGCUGAGUUUUAAAACAUUUGAGCUGGAGGAAAGUGGUGAAGGCUGUCAUUAUGAUUAUCUUGUUGUGAAGAAGAAUAAAAAGAACGCUUCGCGACAUUGUGGAAAUCGAAAUCCAGGUGUUAUGAUGUCCAUUACAAAUGAAAUGCACAUUGAAUUUGUCUCAGACAGUUCCAUGUCUAAGAAAGGUUUUGAGGCUGAAUAUUAUACAGACAAAGAUGAAUGCCAAGAGAAUAGUGGCGGAUGUGAAUAUAAAUGUGUUAAUGUUAUUGGCUCGUUCAUCUGUCAAUGUCGAGAUGGUUUUAAGUUGCAUAGCAACGGACGUAAUUGCAUUGAAGGGGGGAGUAAUCCGGUCUUAAAUCACCCUACUGGAACAAUAAAAACUCCCAAUUAUCCCGAAUAUUACAAACCAGACUUGAAUUUAAGAUGGACGAUCAUUGUAUCUCCUGGUCAUCGUGUUCGACUUGUGUUUGAGGAAUUUAGCUUGGAAAAUGAUGAACUUUGUAAAUAUGAUUAUGUCUUGGUGGAGUCAGGAUUUAUUGAUGAAAAGAAACUGUGCGGUUCGCAUCUUGAGAACGACGACAAAAUCAAACUUCAAUGUCGAAUAAAAUGGUUAUCCAAUUCAGAAGUGAUAACACACAUCAAGAAAGAGGAUUUCUUGCGGUUUAUAAGACUGUUUGUGGCGGAAGACUUCAUGCUGACGAACAUCAGAAACAUAUUUUAUCUCAUGUCGAUUUUAACCUCAAAAAACCUUACCCAGGAAAUGCAAGUUGUGAAUGGCACCUAGCUGCAAAGAAAGGCUACGUCAUUAGGAUAAAACUAGAGAUGUUUGAAUUGCAACAAGACGACAAUUGUACUUCUGAUUUUUUGAGAAUAAGGGAUGGCUCUAGCAGCAAUUCACCGAUUAUUGCAACACUUUGUGGUGUAAAGACGGGUUUAGAAUAUCAAAGCACCGGAAAUAAUAUGUAUUUACGUUUUCAAACGGAUGGGAAAAAAGCGAAAAAAGGAUUCUUGAUUGGAUAUAGAAGAAAAAUUUUAUAAUCUCUUAAAAAGAGAAAGAAGCUGUGCCCAGAUUGUCGCAAUCCCUUUUAAAACGACAUAAAAAAGUCAUUAAUUUAUUUUUAACGAGAGGAUUUUAACAGUAGAAAAAAGCUUCGUUUUCUUCACUGAUGAGACCACAGAAAUUUUGUUGAAUAUUUCUCGUAAUGUUAAUUUCAAAAUUCUUGUCUUUAGUUCAUUGUUGACAAUCUAUGCCCAGAUAAAAUAUAAUACCACUGACGAAAACAGAUGGAAAGAUACUAUACAUAAAUAUAUAUAUAUAUCUCUGUGCAUGCUUUUAUAAAUAAUCGUUCUUAGCCGGAUGCAAUGCAUACAUUUUAUAAUUUAACUAUCUUAGUCUGGCGAAUUUCUACUAACCCCAGUUAAAUAAGCAGUGCUACUUACCUGCAAAUACAAGAAAUAAUCUAUAACUGCUAUAACUGCAAAAGUAAUAUAAAGAUUAAUAAAUUAUGUAUUCAUAAUGAAUAGUUAAAGUAGAGUGGAGUACUGCUUUUUAUACGAACAAAUACAUUAAUUAUAUUCAAUUAACUUAAUCAUUACUUCAUAACCAUUUAACGAGAAAAUUCAGCUAAAACAAAAUAAUAUGUAUACUGAUUGAUGUAGUUCAUGUUAUCUUUAUUCUCUUAAUGUUUGAAGAACAAUUUUAUCACGUUUUUGCUGGUAAA